GAAGUCGUAGAUUGAAUGCAUAACGUUAAUGUUUUAUAUGAACUGCUUUCACAGAUGCUGCACAAGCCCUUGAAUCAUGAACAACACAACAGCGAGCCAGAUGCUGCCGUUGCACACGCCGGUCAAAGUCUUUCUGUCUGUAGUCCCGUGCCUUCUCUUCCUGUACGUAAACGGAGUCAUGCUGGUGGCCUUGCUGAGGAAGCCUCUGCUGCUGGAGUCUUCACGUUAUGUUCUGUUCGCCCAUUUGCUCUUAACCGACUCUUUGCAGCUUGUUGUGGCCAUGUUGCUUUACAUAUUUGCUGCAGCCAAGGUCACAAUGCUCCAUUACAUGUGCAUGUUCCUCACCCUGCUUGCAAUCGUCUUUGUUAAAAUGUCUCCCCUCAACCUCACCAUCAUGUCUUUGGAGAGGUAUGUCGCCAUCUGUUUCCCGCUGAGGCAUUCGGAGGUUACCACCACCCGGAGGACAGGUGUCGCCAUCGGGGUCAUGUGGGCCGUGGUCUCUUUAGACGCUCUUGUGCAGCUGUUCGUGUUCAUCAGUCUCAAACACACGCAUUUCACUGUGCAGGUUUUCUGCAGCACACAAUCCAUGUUCAUGCUGCAGAGUCACAUGACCUUAUACAGUACACUGACAUUGUUGUAUUUUGUGUUAGUCAGCAUGAUUAUCAUUUAUACAUACAUAGCUGUCUUAGUUACGGUGAAGUCAGCCUCGUCUAAAGUCGGGUGUAAAGGCGCUAAAGCCUUAAAGACCAUCCUGCUGCACCUCCUGCAGCUGUGCCUGUGCCUCCUUACCACUCUGUUCAAUAUGAUCAACUCUGAGGGUGUCUGGAAAUCGUUACACGGUAUACAGGCCAUUCAUGUUCAGUAUAUCCUCUUUUUAAGCCUCCUCAUUUUUCCUAAAUGUCUCAGCCCGCUUAUAUACGGCCUCCGAGAUGAUGCCUUCAGGCGUGUCUUCAAGUAUUAUUUCACAUUUGGUCUCAAAACUGCAGUUUGUCCAUUACCUAAGUCACAGCAUUUGAAAUGA